CUUGAUACAUUAUUAUUCUGUCUUCUCCUCGAUCAUUCCGUCAAACUUCACUAUAUCGUCAUCCUACAUAGCCGAACCUGAUAUUGUUCUUCCGAAGAUCAACAUGCCAGCCAGCAGUGGUAACCGGAUACCACGUCGUCGACACAAACACACCAUGUCUCCAGACCAUCAUCCUCAAGUCUCCGCCACGACACCACCACAUCAUCGCUCCCAACGCGCCACAGCCGCACCAUCGGCAAGCUCCUACACAUGGCAAGAUCUACGCAAAGACCCAUCAACAAAAAAGCGAGCCACCAUCGCGACAAUCGGAUCUGACGGUACAGCUACACGUUCAGUAAAAGGAGGAAUAGGAUAUUUGAUGACAGGAGGGACAGCUGCAGGGAUCAAGAUGGGCGUGUCUACACAUCAUCCACUGUUCUUGCCGCAAAUCAGUGUUCCUAAGCCAAAGGGCAUGAGACAGGAAGCGAAUCGGAGAAACCUGCAUUAUGUGCUGUUGAAGACUGGUUGAGCGCGGACAAAUUCUUGUCUGGCAGAAAUACUUUCUACCGCAUUCUUCCUCGUCGCUGCCACGACA